AUGGGAUCAUGCGGCGAAGGUAAGCCGGUCAGCAUCGCUGUCAUUGGCGCAGGAACGAUUGGCGCGAAUCAUGCUCGCAGGCUUGCGCGCACAACCGACACUGUGUUGGAUUGUAUCGUUGACCCUACCACUCAAGGACAGAUUCUGGCCGCUGAGCUCCAAGUUGCCUGGUAUUUUGAUGCAACACAAAUGCUAGAGUCGCAUGAACGGGUACCUUCGGCGGCGAUCAUCAGCACCCCUAACAAAAUGCAUGUUCCCAUUGCGAUGGCCUUGAUACCGCACCACAUACACCUAUUAAUUGAGAAGCCAUUGUGUACAUCUGUGGUGGAAGGCCAGAUGCUAUUAUUCGAAGCUCGUAAGAACGACGUCGUGGUUGCAGUAGGUCAUCACCGGCGGCACAAUCCAAGGAUACAAGCAGCUUAUCACGCCUUGAGGAAUGGAAGCAUAGGUCGCAUUCUUGCAACUUCUGGACUGUGGGUGUGUUCGAAGCCAGCGUCGUACUUCGACGGUGUUGGGGCGUGGCGCGGCGGGGCGCAGGCAGGGAUAAUCUGGAUCAACCUCAUCCAUGAAAUCGACUUGCUACAAAUGCUUGUAGGCAGGAUAGAGCGUGUAUACGCCGAGCGUGCGCCAUCAUUACGCAGUGACCAAUCAUCUUCCAUUUCACCGGAGAGCACUGAGGGUCUAGCACUUACACUGCGCUUCGCUAAUGGUGCAGUGGGAACGUUCCUAGCGCUGGACAAUGCUCCGAGUCCUUACUUCAUGGAGGCUGGUACAGGCGAGAACUCGAACUUCCCAUACAGCGGCCAGGACAGCUAUCACAUGUUUGGCGAUGUAGGCUGUAUGACAGUGCCUCAUGGCAAGAUCUGGCGCCCGGAGAAUGCCGCAGAUGGGCGAAACAGCAAGAAUGUGCUCGAGCAGCUUCCAGAAAGCAACGUCGAAGAGAAUGUCUACGAUCGACAGCUCAAGAACUUUGUGGCGGCUGUACGCGGUGAGCAGAUUCCAUUAUGCGCAGGUGAGGAUGGCCUGCUUGCUGUAGCAGUGUGUGAAGCGAUCCAGGAGUCGCUGAGUACUCUCAAGUCGGUGCCGGUCCCGCUUCCAACGCUAGGGUGA